ACUCGCAAGCAACACAAAUUCACUUCCCCUCUUAGCCUCAGCGGCGGAGCUAAGAAACAAUGCCGCUUUCUCUCUCGUCCUCACCCACUGCCGCCGCUACUACUGCCGCCGGCGGAGCCGCUCACCGCUUCCUCUAUCCUCACCGGCCGUGCCUCCACCGCGCUGGAAAAAAUUUCGUACUUCUCUCGUUUGUUCCCUGUCGGGCUUCUUCCGUAGCUCGCGGUCUGAUCAGGGGCAUGGCAGAUGUGGAAACGCAGAAGGCUGCAUCUCCUUCUAUAUUGGCUGGGCAUAAGCAAGCAUUGAUAUCAUUGUCGGAUAAGCGAGACUUAUCUCUUCUUGGAGAUGGACUCCAAGGCUUAGGGUAUUCUAUUGUUUCGACCGGCGGAACAGCAUUUGCUUUAGAAGAAGCUGGUGUCUCUGUAACUAAAGUUGAAGAGAUCACCCAUUUUCCAGAAAUGUGGGUUAUUGGUGGUCAUGGGAAUCCUACUGGUCACCACCACGAGAAGGAAUAA